UCAGAUCUGUGCUGAGCUACACCUGUACUUUUGGUGUGCUCCCCCGAAUAUGUAAGAGAUAAGAGUAUCAGCAUUGUUUUUUGAAUGCUUUGUCAUUGUAAAUUUUCGGAAGAAAAGAUUUUCUUCGAAGUGUCUAAAAUAUAUGGAACUUGGGGUUAGGUAUAUGUCUCCUUUGUAAGAUUCUGUUAUUAUUUUUAUGAAUUUUUUAGUGGCCACCUUUUAACUAAUUGCUAAAGAAUAACUUUUCUACUUUAUGCUCGAAAUUUAAAGAAUGAGGGCAGCUGGAGUAACUUUAUGCUUGUUCUUUUUACUGUCAUAUUCAAUAAUUAUUCUUCUUAUCUUGUUUGAUGCUUUCCAUCAGAACCUUUAAAGAGCAGCCUCUGUAGAAAGUAAAGAUGGCGAGACCGAGAGAAAACUUGUUUAGUAUAGCAGGAGAUACUUCAUGGGUGCUCUUGAUCUAACUUUGCAGGUUGUCAACUUGCCUCUAAAUGCAACCAAAGAAGAUCUUCUUGCCUUCUUUUCCUACUGUGGCACUGUUGUUAAAAUCCAGCUGCAGAGGGAUGGAGAUCAGUCCCAGAAGGCUUUUGUGACCUUUCGGCAACCCUACGCCCUUCAGAUUGCUCUCCUCUUAAAUAGUGCCACUAUUGGAGAUCGUCGAGUUCGCAUAUUGCCCUUGGAGAAUAUGAGGGAUAUACCAAUAACAUCAUCUGAUUCGGAGAACAUGGACAGCCAGGAACCGAGAGGAUAUCAUUCUCCUGCUUCGCCAUUGACGGCGGCAGUGCAUGCAAAACCACCGAUAGUAGAAGAUAUACCAAACAAAGCAAAGGAGAGAGUAUCAGCAGUUGAGCGAAAGGUGCACGACUUAAGUUCCGCGAUAGUCAGCAGCGACUGCUUAUUGCAAGGCGCAGUUUGGCUCUCCGAGGUCUUGGAAAGGGCAUCAAAGAGUGUGGCUGAACUGCGCAAUGUAAGAGGUUUGGAUAUCAACUCCAGAAUGCGGAAUUAGGCGCAAAUAUGGUAUGCUUAAUCACCUACUCCAAUUUCGCUUUGAUAGAAUGAGUAUAAUAUCGACAUGGUAUCAUGUAGACGUUUGUUAGUCGAGUCGACUGGAUAAAUAUAUCAUGCCGGUUACGACGCAGUGUUUGGUUUGAGAAUUUCUAUCAUUUUUACUAGCAGGUUCGGAGAACUAAAAUAGAAACUACCAGAGGAUUAAGUAUUAUCCUUUGAAUGACGGCAUAGGAAAUUUCAAGUGUGCAAAACCAUACUGUUUUCUUUUAAAAUUUUCUAACAAAGGAACUCAUUGUUUUCUUGUAUA